ACAAUCGAUCACCGCUUAAUAUAGUCGAUUAGUAUCUAUCUAUCUUGAAGCCAGGUUGAUUCUACUUAAGUCGUUUCCUGGAGGUUUCCGUUUUCAGAAAAAAAAAUAUUAUUAACCAUCAUUGAGUCUAUUUAUCGUUAAAAAAUUUUCAAUGAAGGUGACACUUCUUUACUUCUUAGCGCCUAAAGAAAAAAAACCCAGAUACACUUUACAAGCAAAGCAAUAUGGAUUUGACAAAGCAACACUUAUUUUUGCAAAAACAAGUGGCGGACUGUUACAGAUGAACUUUUUCUGUACCAUUAUUUAACAUUUUUUCGUCACGUUCUGUAAAUAUUCGGUUUUUUUUGUCAACCUAGGUUCUUCCUGGAAAGUCGCCGGAAUAUUUGACGGCGAUAUACGCUGGAUGCUGUUUAGCAGCGUUUCUGAUAGGCAUGAUCUGGUUGGAUAGCAUUCGGCUUGCAGAUUAUCAGGAUGAUAGUGGCAUAGAAGCUCUAGCAACAUUGAAGGCAAUAAGAGAGCAUUUCAGAGAUUCAAGACUGCAGAUGGCCGCACCUUUAGCUGUUUUUAUAGGAAUUGAACAGGCGUUUAUGUACGCCGAUUUUAGUAAGUCAUAUGUAAUGUGUACCCUGGGCAUCCAUCGUUUAAACUACGUGUUCUUGGCCAUGGGCCUCCUUCAAUCAGUAGCUGCAUGUACUCUUAGCAUGUUGUUAAGGACAAUCAGAAGAUAUUACGUAGUUGCUGUAGGAUUUAUAUUCCAUGGGUGUCUUCUAAUGGUUUUGUUUUUAUGGAAACCCAUAGACGAUGACCCCGCACUGUUCUACGUUAUUUCUGCAUCGUGGGGUGUUUGCAAUGCCAUUUGGGAGAUGUUAAUGUUUUCUCUCCUGACAAACCAGUACUCAGACAACUGGGAAUCAGCCUUCGCCAUAACAACCUUCUUCAGAUUCCUGGGUUCCUCGAUCUCCUUCCUGUUCCACGGCUUCGUGUGCAACUCCUUGAAGUUGUACACUCUCGGUAUGUUUCUGCUGGUAGCUGUGGUCUCGUUUGGGUGGCUGGAGGUCAAGUUAGAGAACAAUAAAAAGAUCAAAAACAUUAGCAGAUUAUGACCGAGGUUCGAAUUCUGGUGACGCAAGUGCACAUAUCAUGAUCGAUGGAAGAAGUACUAGGUGGACGGAAUAAAAAUGUUCAAGGAUUUAAGCCAAAGUUAUGUAUGCCUAAUGAUGGUUGGAUGUUAGACUGUAAAAAAUAGUCAGGGUUGUAGAGUCCUGGGGCAACGACCGUCUUCCUAUCAUGUUGUCUAAACCGCUAGAACCGAAUUCGCCAGCAAGAUUUGUAGGUUACAAGGCUGCUUGAAUGAAAUUGAGCCUCAACCUCUUGCCAAAAAUUAUUUCAUUUUAGAGCAUUCGAAUCACUGUAAUUUGUCUUAUUUUUCUAAAUAGUCACUCCUGUCCUACAAUUUUGGCAAUCAAAAACUUGAAGAUGGUUUGGUUUUCAUAAGGCUCCGCGGGUGCCACCUAUGCCAAACAAGAAAAAAAUAGAUGGCGUCGCAGAUCCCAAGUAGUAUACCGAAUAGUGAAAAAUUGAAAUCGGGAUUGGAUCAAAAUUCUUACCGAUCAUUCGUAGACUACUGGUUAAUCCCCCAAUGUCUACAAUCCCUGACUGGCAGUUAAGUGAUAAUGAAUGGUUCAGGUAAAUGAUGAAACAAUAAGAUAAACCCUUCGGGUAGCAACUUGAGUGCAGAAAUAUAAUGUUUAAUCUUCUUACUUGAUAUAUACGUAAUCGUAAUCAACAAUCUGUCAAUUGUCUUUUCGGCAAAUGACACAACUCUCUGUAACCCUGAAAAUAAGCCAAAGAUGUAUUCACAAGUACUUGUAAAAAUUCCUUACUGUGAUGUUUGUAUAUAUUUAAGAAAAACAGUUAUAGCAAUUUAAAAAUGUAGCUAUAAUUUAUUUGUUUACUCGAAUUUAAUAAAUUCUGUCUACG